AUGUCGUCCGCCAACGCCAUGUCGUCCUCCGGCGGCGCUUCGCCUGCCUCUUCCGACUCGACCAUCACGGCAGAGGCGCCCAAGGAUAUGACGCUUCCGGUCUGGGGCAUUAUCAUUCCGCCCUCCACCCAGGACUGGAUCAACGCCGGAUUCAACGUCUCGUUCUGCAUCAACCCGGCUACUGUCAAGACUUGGAUGGUCACUGAACACGGACUCGUUCCCAUCAUUAAGCCCGGCGCCGAAGACAUGCCUGCCGAUGUCAAGGUGGCCACGAUGCAGGACCUCGUCGAGGCCUUCGGCCUGAAAUACCAGGCUCCGUCCACUUCGGGUUUGGUGUACGGCGACUCUCACAACCACAACAUCUCUUCCGCAAGUGAGGUUUCGACCGUCAUUCGCGAUGACCGCCGUACCGAUAACUACAACAGCCCCGACUGCGGCAUGCGCAACAUUCAGCGCUUCACCCCGUCUCCUCGCCAGUUCAAUGUCCCCACCGGCUUUGCCCAGCACGCCCAGCGCGCCUUCACUACGCAUGCUCGCCCCAUCCGUCCGCUCCCACCGCCGCUUCCGAUCGACACUUGGCCGGCCAGGCAGCAUUCGAUCUCGUCGUCGGCCGCUCUGGCGCGCACUCCCACGAGCUCCAUCGCUCAGCACCCGUACCUCAGCCUCACUCCCCGGACCCCUUGCACCAUUCCCCUCCCGGACUCUGCUCCUUCUUCGGCUCCGCUGUCGGCUCAGCACGACUACGGCUACAACCACAACUACAACUACAUGCAGCAGCAGAUGACCAACACCACCGCCCCGCUCUUCCCCGGCCCCGUCGUCCACUCGAAGACGGCGGCCUGCAACACGACCAAGCGGGCGUCGCUCGAGAAGUUUCUGCUCCACGUCGCCUACAAUGUCCCGUCGCAGCCGUUCUGCCCCGGCUGGACCAACAAGUACACGCUGGAGCCGAUGCCUGCCAUAUUCCCGCGCUGGACGGCCAGUGCGGACAAGGAGUUGCGCCUCGCUCGCCCUGAUGUGUGGGGCGCUUGA